UCCCUCUGUGCGUCAGAGCGCAGGCAGAGGAGGGAGCAGAGGACCCCGGCUCACAGCGGGACGCACUGUACACGCCGUGAAUUUUACUACUGCAACUCACCAGAGAAACGUGAUUUAUCAGAGCGAAAAUUGGCGAAACAGUGGAACCUUGCUGGAUUAUUGAUCGGAAAACUUUGGCCUUGACCACAUCACAACUCUGCGGUCAGGUAAGUUUUGGCUGCGUAAUAUUAAACCAGCGUAAUAUUGAGAAGGCUAGCCAAGAGUGGUUUCACUGUGUGCACUUUAUGAAAAAAGUAGGCUAACCACGAACACAUGACUGCAGACAACCCCGCUGUGCAACCUCAGAUCUCAGAGGUCCUGUGGGAAAAACUCAAAUUUCUAUCUAUCUAUCUAUCUAUCUAUCUAUCUAUCUAUCUAUCUAUCUAUCAGAUUUAUGAGCAAAAUGAAAAGUUUGCAUGAUGAAUUAGUGAAGUUAUUUCACCCUCAUAAUUCUCUUUUUGGCAUGGUAGUCUUAAAUUCUGACUUGGUUGAAGUUUUUAUGACCUAUACCAUAAUAACUUUGUUUUCAAAGGGGUAACACAGAUAGGAGAAGGCAGGCAGGCUGUCUUGUAGCUUCACACUCUGACAGUGUUGAUCUAUUUGUGUAAUUAGUCACAGGAUUUGCACACUUUGAUUUCAUGACCUGCAGAUUAUGUGACGCAAAUGUAUUGGCUACUCGGGGGACUCUAUACAGUCUUGUAUUUGAUGGAUGUGUUGCGUUGCCCCCACAACAACAUUUCAAUCAAGAGAGUAAAGCUGGGCCCAGUUCACUGGCUCUCUCCUGCUGUCUGAGAUUUAUUGGAUCCUUUUAUGUGGGAAACCAUUGAACACCAGGGAACUGGCAGAAAAACACAUUUUUACACCUUGAAAAUGAAAAGAAAUGAGUCUAUAUAAACUUUAACUGUCACAUUUGCCAAAUUGGAUGCAGUGGAAUAACUCAGGUUUGACUUUUUUGACUUUGGGCUAUCUCUCAUCCCAUGUUGGAAAUCCAAACAGUUGGACAUGUGCAUUGAUGUUUGCAGAUUUAGACACACGCAACAUUCCUGUUAAAGCCUUUAGGUGUGCCUGUUGUUUCUUACUGAGUAUCUGGGAAACAAAAUAAUAGGAACAUCUUGCAAAAUACCAAAAACCAUAUGUCCAAAAUUGACCACAUUGAAUCAACAUCUCUGUAAUGCCUAUUUACCCAACACAUUGUAAACUCCACGAUCAGUUGGUGCUGAGAGAAAACAGCUUUAAUUUCAUAGUUGUUUGUGUAUUUUGUCGUGGUUUGUUGUCCUGCGGUGUUUCAGCUGAAUGUUAAGUUUUUCAUGCAGUGAGACAGCUUCAGAACCAGGCCUGCAGGAUAUGAGGAAAAGAUCCUGUUUUCUUUGCAUUGUCCAUCAUUGUCUUAAAAUAAAACGGGUGAUGAAUAAACAAAUAUUAAGGGUUGCAUUUUAGCUUUGACUCAAACUUUCUAUGUUUAUGUGCUUGUUCUUGUGUAUGAAUUUGUCCUUCCUCAACCAAAACAAAUCCACCCAGCAGUUAAAUGUUAAGUGAGACAGGAAUUUGUAAUUCCCCUUAAAGUUGUCUUAUUCAAUGUGACAAAGUUAGACUUUGGUUCAGACUUUGAUGAUACUCAUUUUGUGAUAGAAAAUAAGUUUAAAUUGAAAAAAAGUGACUUAAUUGCUUCUCUAGCUCAAUUGUGAGGCUUUGGGUAUUUUGACAUAAAGACACUUGAACUAAGUCCUCCAUCACAGUUUAGUAUUAGGAUAGGGGCACAAAAAGGAUGUUUCUAUGUCUAUAUGCUCCUAUAAAAAAUCUUAUGGCCUCAGAGAUUUAUAGAAUGACCCUUAAUAUGCACCUGAUACAUAUGUUAAAAACAUCAGGACUAUGCGCAAUAACUGAAUAUGAAAUAGUGCUACAGUGCUCUGCCUACAAACUCAAUAUAAACUAUCUGACAGCUAAAAUGAUAAUAAUAUUCAUGACAACUCUCAACACAUAAGGCACCAAACAUAAACCAUUCACACUUUGAGCAUAGUUUGCAGGUAUUGUGUCAUUUGUGCCCUCAGGAUGUUUAAUACAGGACUUUGAUAGAGUUUGUGUGUUUUUGCUGUAACUACCUUUACUAUCUGUUAGUAAAGUAUCUGAAUAAAUCCACAACUGCAGCCUGAUAAAGGCAAGAAUAUGUCAAAUGUUGUAACAGGGAGGAUCAGCAGAUAAAAGGUUGUUUACAGUCCUGUCCAAAUCCUUAGACAUUAUAAGAAAGUAUAUAUUUGAAUGGAAAAAUUCCAGAUUAUUAAAUGAUAGUCAAAGAUAUAUAUAUUUUAUUACAUUUUUAUAAUCAGUUUACUCAAAUCUAAAAGAAUAUCUGUGGCGUUGCUUAUAUUGCAGUUUGUCCUCUCUCUCUCCACUUCUUCCUGUUAUCUCCGUUUUAUCGCCUCUCUUUUGGCUCCAGGUCACUCUCAUGACUCGUGCUCUCUCAGACGUUUGACUUUAGCUUUUAGUUCUUCCGCUCUGUCCUCACUGUGCCUUCAUGGUACUCAAUAUUGUCCUCCUUUUGUUCUUUAAGCAGGACCAGUAAAGUUUCCCUAAUAUCAGUCUUUUUCUGUCUAUACUUCUACACUUUCCAUUGAUACAUUAGAUUAAAAAGGUUUGCCCAACUAAAACUCAGCUUUCUGAUCAGAUCAGACAGUGCUGCGCUGACAUGGACUAAUGAGGCCCCUACCAUGUUAUGUGGCACAAAGACAUGAUUCAUGUGACAGGCAGAGCAUGUCUGGACCUUAGCCAAAUUUUUCAAAAUGGAUUCUUGUGACAUGUCUGUGAGUUCAUCCAUGUGAUUUUGUUUCUUUGUGUGUGUGUGUGUGUGUGUGUGUGUGUGUGUGUGUGUUCAGAACAAACCUCAGUCUUUACGGGGCUGAGCAGCUCGUAAAUUAGUCGUUUGUGUAUUAAUGUGUUAUGUAAGAAUAAUUAUAGCUCUAUAUAUGUGAUCACAAAGUAGAAAAAACUACCCUAAGCCUUUGUCCUUGGUCUUUUGCCUUUCAUGGUGUCAUGAAAGUGUGCAAUUCUUGUGAGUGUGUGUGCAUGUGUGUGCCUGUUAGCAUGUCUCUAAAGAUAUUGCAGACUUUAUCAAUAAGCCCUUUUAUCCCUAAAGAUGCCCCAGGGCAUUCUAGGGAGUACACAUGACUCUUGAGAGGCCCAGGAACUAGUUAGGGUCUUCUGUGAGAGUCGUAAAAUAUCUGUCACACACACACACACACACACACACACAAAGAGAGAGAUGAAAGCUCUUUCCCUUAUCUCACCCCAGUCAUCACAUUUUGCCUGUUUUGUAGUCCAGCGCUCUCCUCUCCCUCAGUCCAUUUUGUUUUCUCUCCUUUCAUUUUGAUUACUUCUGUCGUUUGAUGGUUUAUUUGGUUUUAGCAAGUACAGAACAAUCUGAAUUACAGAAACCUCUUUGCCAUCAAGUUGAAAGUACAUCCACUUCAAGUGUUUAUGUGUAACCUGCCAGACAAAAAGUGAAAUGAUCAUGCACUCAGGGUGAUCAGAGUUUGAUUUGUUUUGUAAUAUUGAUGGCUCUUUGACAAAUAAGAAAUUCCCUGAGGUUAAAGUGACAGGUUAUUUUUAAGAGGACAUGAAUAUGUGCGCCAAAGGUUUUUGGAAAGUUGUAGAUAUUUCACUCAAGCAUCAAACAAAAGUGGUAUAACAUGGACAGCCAUGAUUGCCAGAAUAAGAUGAUGGGGUUUUACACAGGGUGCGUAAAAAGUUUGACCAACUAAUUCAAUCACUCAUCCACGCCGCAGGCAAUACUCGAUUAAGUCCCCAAGAUGGCCGACUCUGCAGAGGAAGAGGCUGACCUCCGGCUUGCCAUGAGGCUUACCAGGCUAAACAGGCUCGGCAUUCAUGGUUAAAUGUUGCUUGUGCACAGCUGUCUGCUAUGUAUAACCAUCUCUUGAUGAAAAACCUGAUGCCAACAGCGAGCACAAGCAAAAAUGCAAGAACCAGAACACUGAAUGCUUGAGUGUUUGCAUGACAGAAUAUAAUCUGUCAAAUCCUUCUGUCUGAGUCAAGACUAGUGGACUUUUUUCAAAAAGCUGCCGGAAAAAAUUAGAGAGCCUGAAACUCCUGCCAGCUCAUGCACAUUGAAAAACUCAGACAGUCCCCAAAGUCUGGAGGAUUCAUCUUCAAGGGACCACAAAUGUCUUUGUAAAAGAAAACUUCAAAGUAGGAAACACUUGCUUAAAUUUUUAGUAAUCGUUUGUCUUUUGUCUUUGCAGGACAAAACAAGCUGGGACUGGGACCCACGCUGCCAGGUCCAGAGCUUGGCCCUGUGUGUGGAUGUGUGUGUGAGUGUGUGAAUAUGUGUGUGUGAUUUUUUAUAAGUGUGUUUUAAGACACUGAGUGCCUUCAGCGUGAGAGUACAUCUUCCCGUGUGAGUCUCAGGAUGAAGACCAUCGCUCUAUUAUGUCUCCUGAUACUUGUGGAGGUCAGAGCCUCUCGAUUCACCCGCGACUCCCAAAGCAGCCCUGAACCUUCAGAGCUCUCCAAGAACAACGCCUCUGUGCCCCUUCCACCUCUACAGCCUGCUCGGCCGAGGGGGCCCUUCCCCCCCAUGUGCAUAAAGCCUACAGAGAUCAAGCAUGCAUUUAAGUAUGUGAACACCAUCGUUUCCUGUCUGAUCUUUGUGGUGGGGAUCAUCGGCAACUCCUCGCUGCUCAGGAUCAUAUAUAAAAACAAGUGCAUGAGGAACGGACCCAACGUCCUGAUUGGCAGCUUGGCUCUGGGGGACCUGCUUUAUAUCAUCAUCGCGAUCCCUAUCAAUGUGUUUAAGGUGACCGAAAACCUUCAUUUGUGUCUGUCUCUGUUUGUUUCUGGUGUUUUUCUGAUUUCUAUAAGUGAUAAAAACCUUGUGCAUCAUUUUUUCAAAACUGAUUAUUACAUGUCAGUCACAUAUCAAGUCAUAAUAUUGCCCAAAUUCCCAAAGUAUGCAAAAACAAAAGUUCAGAGCCUUCUUCUUUUUUUUUUUUGUAUGGUUUAAGCUAAUUAGCCCUUGUUUGAGUCUAAUACAUUGUGACUUGACUCUAAAUGAACCUGGCAUCACUGUUUGGCCCUGUGCUGAUUUCGAUGUUUGAAAUUCUUUUCUUGGCACAGUCUGUGAGUUUUUAAGAGUUUAUUUCCUCCACUUCUCCUUAUCCAGUGUGCUCACUGUGGUUUUCUUAAUUCUCUUAUUCAUUACAGGCUGUAGAGGCUAUUUCACCUGUACUUCAGGGGAUAUAUCACAUUAAAUAAAACCAUUAAAAACAGUUGUGAGUCAGAAGCAGUUGGAAACCUGAAUCGUGUCAUUAGAGUGAUAACUGCGUGCUUGUUUCGAAAUUUGCUUCUUUUUUUUUUGAGUAUGCCAUAAAAAUUCCAGCAGGCUCCUGCAGUCUCUGCCAAAACCUGAAACUCAGCUUGCUGCAGCAACCCCAUAUCCAAAAAGAAAGAUAAAAAACAUGAUGUGAAAGUGGUCUUUUUUUUCUCCAUCUGAUAAGAGGCUUUUCACUUUAACAAACUGGACUGUUCUGCAUGUUUGAUCAUGGCCAAAUAAAGUAAAAAUCUGCCUUAUUUAUAUUCUCCUCUUAAAAGAGACUUACCGUUUAGAUUUUUGUGACAGCCUCAAAGUGUGAGUGAAAACAAAAGAUGAUAGUAAUAAAAUGUGAUGAGGAACAGCAUCAGCUGUAAUGAGAACAGACUUUGUUUUAACAACUAGAAACUCAUGAAACCUGAUAACAAGAGAGCUGUGCUGCUCUAAGAGCAGCUGAUUAGGAAGCACUCGUUAUGAGAAUUAUUGAUGGAUUUGUUGUUGGAGAUCUUGACCUGAUGCUGAACUGAUUUUAUGUCUCCUGGGCGUGAGGAGAGAGGAAGUAGAGAGUAUUUAUUUAGGCUGCAGUGAUAAUCAAAGACAGAGCAAAGAAAGCAACCUUUCAUGAGUGUCAAACAGGCCUUCCCUUGUGGCUUUAUAGGUGACACUUCCCACAGCACUCUCUCUUUAAACAACCCCUUGGUCUUUCUGUCUUCUCUUCUGUAGCUUAUAGCUGAGGAUUGGCCGUUUGGCGUGUACAUCUGUAAACUGUUCCCGUUCAUCCAGAAAGCUUCUGUAGGAAUCACUGUCCUCAGCCUGUGUGCACUCAGCAUUGACCGGUAAGUGGACACUGACUCGUCACACAUGACAAAUACCACUUCUAAGAGCUGCUAAUGCAUUUACCUUUGUUUGUGUAGCUACCAUGCAGUGACGUCGUGGAGUAGAGUGAAGGGCAUGGGGAUUCCUCUGUGGAAAGCAGUGGAGGUGACUCUGAUCUGGCUGGUUGCAGUGUUGCUGGCAGUCCCAGAGGCACUGGCAUUUGACAUGCUGGAGAUGCCGUACAGAGGCAACAAGCUCCGUGUGUGUAUGCUACCUCCACAACAGACCAGCAGCUUUAUGAAGGUGAGGGCUUGGUGAGAAGUACAACUUUGACCACACUUUAAAACUUUAAGUUUUGAUGUCGCGGUGUACAAAGAAAUCAGAGGUUUGUCAUUUAAUCUUAUUGUGGAUUAUUAUUCACUAAUGUAUAAGCAGCCAUUGAAUCUGAAAGUUUCAUAGUGGCUAAGAUAACUGUGUUGGUCUGAUAUUACUGUCACUUUGUGAAAAUUCCCUUUGGUGUCAAUCAGCGUAAAAGAAAACUAAAGACACGUCUUCAUCUGCAUGGUUUGAUUGAAGCUCUUCUCCUAUUUUCAUACGUUCAUAUGUUUACAGUAAUAGAUGAAAUAUGGUGGUCUAAAUAGUCAAAACUGUAGGCUCUCUCUCUUUUUAAAGGUAUUUUGAUAGAUGGUUAUACUAACACACUGAAACGUUUACAAUGACAUCACAGCGAUGGUAUUUGGAGACAUGUUUACGACUAAGUAGCCUGUUUGAUCCAUGAUAGCAUUUGUUCGAAAGCGGUUAACUUAAUAAGCUAAUACACUUACAGCGAUUAAGCGCCCAAGAAAUUAUCCCCUGAUGGGAAUGUGCUUAGUUUUGUGGCAUUUUGAUCAGCAUUAGCUUUGACCUUUUUUUCACUUUCUUGGACUCGAGGAGGAGUACAUCUGAACACACAGGCAUCUUUCCUUGAGGAAACCAUGACUACAAAUUUUAAAAUCAUCUCAGCAGAUCUGGUUUGAAGUUCAAACGCUUAAGUAAUUAUCUGACAUCAUUCCUACACCUUUUAUAUAGGGGGAAAAAAUGCUUUAAACUCAAAGGAACUAUGUGGAAUAUGUCAGCUAUAGGAAAAAAAACAGCUCUGUAAAUUAUAACCUUGAAUACUUUCAUGUUCCUUCCGGGAAAAUGUGAUUAGUGUAUAAACGUACUUUGGCAAGGACUGUAGUAAUGUAUCAAGUCAAUAUGUUUGAGAUGGACUACAUUCUCAUAUGGUCAGAAUAUCCUGCACACCAGUUCAGGUCUGUUCGAUAAGGCCAAGUCACACCAAAUUGAUGGUUAUUGCUCAACCUGCGCUCAAGGCUACUUUCAACUCUGAGCAUUGCCAGGAUGUUUGCUUUGACGCCCAGAUCCUCAACAGCACCAGAUUAGUCUUUCUCCAAUCAGGAUCUGUUUUUCUGUGUGAAGAUGUGCCAGCAAGUAGGUAAUAAGUGCUUCUAAAUCAUCUCAACGUGGCUGUUCCUCACAUUCGUGGUAUGCAGCUGCACAGCUCGACAAAAAUUCAAAGUGAUAUUUCCAAUAUGUGAACACUUCAAGUUCAUUUGAACCAGAGAGGCCACAAGUAAAUACAGAUUCAUGUUGAAAAUGAGGCGAAAGUUUGUUCCAUGUUUCCAUUUUGAGUUUUUCACUUGUGAUUUUUCGAUUAUAACAGAAACAUAAGGAGACGCCUGAGAUGGUAAACUACUGUGUAAAUGUGUAAUUUAUGUAGACCGCAUCCUUGAUUCAUUGAAAAAACAGGUUUUGAGCACAGACAGAAGUUACUACUUCUGCCAAAUAGUGAUGGGCACAGCAGUUCUUUUAGAUGUACCGAAUCACUAGAAUCAGUUCACUAAAAAGAGUCGUUCUCUGUAAACUGGGCUUAGUGAGUGAUUCGUUCACUGAAUGUUUACCCCACAGUACAUUCAGUGGAGAAUGAAACUGUGGGUAUUAUACACUACCUUUUACAUGCUGUGUCCUACUGUAUGCAAGUUGUUGUGGUGGUAACUUAGCAGAGUUAAAAAAAAAAAAAAAGUCAGUUUUCUCUGAGAUACACUUAAACAAGACACACCCUUAUCUCCCUCUGUCGCUCCUGUCAAGAGCUUGCUACAGCUGGUGAGUCUCACUGUCUUCCCAUUACUACCAGUCGAACGUUUUAAGUUUGUUUAAUUAGGAACUAAAUCUGUUAAAACAAAGGGGAACAGCGGGAGCCAUGAAAGUGUAUCCCUCAGACAAAAAUGAUUCCAGAGAGUGUAGUUCACUGCGUAAUUCGUUCACCAGGUGAUUCAGACGUCAGUGCGUGCGGUCCCUUGCUCGCCGGCUGCUCACCCGGCAAUGCUGUGUGCUUCGAAGACACUUGAACUGAAGUGAGAAACGAACAAAUCACUUGAGGAAGUGAUUCUAUUCAGUACAUUCACUGAAAAGAUUUGGUUCUUUUGAAGGAAUCAUUCGUGAACAACACAACACUACUGCCUAAGUCUUUGAGCUUAAUCAAACUCAGUUUUAAUUUUUAGGAAUAAAAUACCUGAUAUUGACUCCACUUCCUGUCUGCAUUAGCCUUUGACUGUUUUAGUGAGCUGGAAUUUAAGGUUUUCAUGAGUUAGGUUGAGUCACAUUUUCUGACUGAGUUUUUUUCUUCAUCUUUCAGUUCUACCAUGAUGUGAAAGACUGGUGGCUGUUUGGUUUCUAUUUCUGCCUCCCUUUGGCCUGCACAGGAAUCUUCUACACGCUCAUGUCCUGUGAGAUGCUCAGUCGCAAAAAAGGCAUGCGCAUCGCACUCAACGACCACAUGAAACAGGUACACAGGAUUAAGUUAAGACUGCAGGGCCUCUUAACCAUAAAUAAAACUGCUCUCAGUGACGUGGAUCUUUAUUUUUGUGUGCGCAGCGGAGGGAAGUAGCAAAGACAGUGUUCUGCCUGGUGUUGAUUUUUGCUCUCUGCUGGCUGCCGCUUCAUCUGAGCCGUAUACUGAAGAAAACAAUCUACGACGAGUAUGACCCCAACCGCUGUGAACUGCUCAGGUAGGCACGCAGUGGCGGCAAGAGACGCAGAUAAAGUGCAAACAUCCAUUGUUCUCAGCUCUGUGACUUCCUGUAGUCUUUACUAUGCCCUUUGCCCUUUUUCCCUGCCAGCUUCCUGUUAGUGAUGGACUACAUCGGCAUCAACAUGGCCUCGCUUAACUCUUGCAUCAACCCCAUUGCCCUCUACUUUGUCAGCCAGAAGUUUAAAAACUGCUUCCAGGUAAGAGGGCUCAAACUGUCAGAGACAGUAAAACAUUUUAAGAGUCAGUCGUCAACAGGAGAGCAACAGCUUGUAUUCACGUGUCUUUGUGUGUGUGUGUUUUGUUUCACAGUCUUGCUUGUGCUGCUGGUGCUACAGAACAUCCCCCCUGGAUGGACCUGGUUCAGGAGGACGCUGGAAAGGCUCUUGUCAAGGAAAUGGACUAGACCGCUCCAGCUCCCGCUCCAGUCAGAAAUACACAAGCUCUUCAUAGACACACAGACGCACGCUCAUCGCACUCAUCUUCUGCCAAAACCAUGUUUCUGACAGUGUCCAACAUGGAGAAACAGCUGUGUCACUGCCAAACAGAUCCCGAUGACGAGUGGGGGGGUGGGGUGGGGGGGGUGGUUGGAGAGGCCUCUUGGUGGUGGAUGCAGAGCAGACUAAUACAAGACCGAUCAAUCAAAACUGAUAAUUGAAAUAACAGGACUGUCACUGUUCAGACUGAAAUACUCACUGCAAACAAAGCAGGGAGACCAAAGCUACAUUCAUGUGUUCAUAUGGAGAGACCUGACAGUCUGUCAUGGCUAAAAAUACACUUACGAGGAAUGUUAAUCAGAUCCACACCAGAGUCUGUGUACAGGAUUAUUGAUAUGUAUGAUACUAUCGAGUCUUAGUGUGUCAUGUAUGGAUAACAGGACCGACACAGGAAAACAUUAAUGUACAAACACAAUAGCCGUUCAAUUUACUGCAUGAUGUCACCACGCUCCCUCCCAUGCCCUGGUGACAUCAUACCAGAGUAAAAUGGGCCCCACUGUGUCUAACAACCAUUGGGAGAGUCAAACAUCGAACAUCUGUUAUCUGGAAAUCAUUGCUGCUUCAAGUGGUCAUAUGGAGGGCAGCUGUUGUCCAAGAAAGCUGAAAGACACCAGCUGAUUCCCAUCAUACUGCCGGAAAGGUCAUUAUCAGAACCUGCACUAUGGCUGCGUUCAUGCUGUGACAAGUGGUCUCUGUUUCCACUUAAAGAGAAAGUCUUAACCUUUCUGUGACGAUGUAGCUUCUAUUUUUCUACGAGAAUACCACAAAAUACUCCCAGGUCUGUUCGUCUGCUUUUUCCAAACCGCAGUAUCUAUUUAUGAAUGCCAAACACUCUGUGGUCCUGUUACGAAGAUGUUACUGUGGCAGGAAAUUACUCUGAAAAUGACUUCUGAGAGCUGCUUAAGGAAUAUAUUUUCUAAAACGUAUUCAUUCAAAAGCUUUAAGAAAGGAAGGAAAGAGAAAUCCUGUACAGAUGGUUGUUUUUAAGAGCUGAAUAUUUUUACUGAAGAUUGAAGGAAAUCUUUUUUCUACAAUAAUAAUCAGAAAUUAUUUAGGUAUUUUUUUCUUUCAAUAUAAUAGAGGAUUUUUAGCUGACAAUAUGUGUUUAAACAGCAAUGUGAAGAUGGCUAUUUCACAGUGAAAGAACGAAAAAACACCAAGAGAUCCAAGUAUUUUUUAAUCACUAAGAUUUAGAGGUCUGCCGCCAAAGUUAGCUGCAAGUCAAGUGCUCAUUAGUCACAUACUUGUGACAAAUCAUGUGAUACUAACAAAAAGAGAAAAAACCUUUCACACAGUUUUUGGCUCCACAAGCUGGAAAACUGCAGGUGGUGUCUGAUAACAAGCCUCUAAAACUAUCAGAGAGAAUAUGCAGAUGAUUUGUUAUUUGUUUUAUCUUUUGGGAAAAUAUGCAUGUUCUGAUUGAUUGGCUGCAGAAUGAAGAAGUAAAAUGGAGAUAUUUAAAGUUGUCUGGAAAACUGGGUAAAAAAGCCAAAUCCGUGUCGAGGAACCUGACAAGGUGUUUGUUUACACUGAAGCAUUUUGAAAUAGUGUUGAUCCAUGUACUAUGAUGUUUAAAUGAAUAGGGUUUGUUAAGACUCUACCUUGUUGAUCAUGCUGUAUGCUAUCUCAGAACUCAUGGACAGCUGCAGCCGACUGUGAUAACACCUCAUGGUCAACUGCAUGACUCAUCUGAUAGCCACAUUACAGAUGAAGGAUAUCCAGACCAAAAGUAUCCUUGUCUGUGUGAGCCUCAUUGUUGACUGUGGGGUUAGCGACUUCAGACAUGAAGUUGAGUUCAUCAUGGAUUGAAUUGUGUUCAGCCUUCCCAGCUGUCCACUCACACUGUUUUCCCCCAUUCAUACAAAAUCUGCUACAACUAUACUCAGACCUGAAACCAGAACAGCCAUGACACUGAAACAUGGUUCCCCUUCAUGCUGCAUUCAAAUAAAGAUAUGUUUAUAGAAACGUAUACACUCCACAUAUUGCUGUAUAUCAUCAUCAGUCUGGUUUUAGAUACAUCUUUGAGCAACUGUGUGCUGGGCAGUAUAAGCAGCUUUGUGCCUGUCUAUGGGGGCAAGCUACUGAGAUGGAAAAUAAACUGUAAUGUGAAUACUUAGUCUGCUUUUUUCAGUUACAUUUAAUGUUUUUGUUUUCCUGAGAGUAUGUAUUAAAUACAAUUUUCUAGCAUUUAUUUGUUUGAGAUAUUUGCAUAUGGUGCAUGUAUUCAAGGUCAUUUUUGGCCACUAACAAUGUAUUCCCACCAUUGCUGAUAAAAUAUUUACUUUUGUACAAUAAAUCUGUAUAUAUGGGAG